UACUGUAGCUACUGCAAAAAUCGACAAGAGACUAGAUCAUUUCCGGGAUUGGUUCAUUCUAAUCGCGAGCCCUACCAGGAAAGAAGCCUCAGCUGACAGCGGUGUUCGGGUGCCGCAUAUAUUUCAGAUUGUAGACAGAUGUCAACUAAGAGUAAAAACAGAUUUAAACGAGACGUGUUUUACUCUUUGCGACACUUGGGACGCACGCACACCGAACAGUAAAACGGUGAUAUGUGGUAGCAGGCAGCACUAUGCCAUACGUGGACAGGCAGAACCGUGUGUGUGGCUUCCUGGAUAUUGAGGAGAAGGAGGGCAGCAGUCGCUUCCAGAGACGCUACUUCAUACUGGACACACAGGGCAACACACUGCAGUGGUACAUGGACAACCCCCAGAACCUGCCUAGUGGAGCGAACGCAGUUGGGAUUCUGCAGCUGACAUACAUCUCCAAGGUGAGCGAGGCCACGGGGAAACAGAAGUCCAAGACUGAGUUCUGCUUUGUGAUCAAUGCAGUGUCUCGCCGUUAUUUCCUCCAUGCCAACGAUGCUGCUGACCUGAAAGACUGGGUCCUCGCUCUGAACAAAGCUACCAAGAUCACUGUCCCUAAAGCAGGGCCUCUCCAGCCCAGAUCAGAGGUUUCUACAGUAACCGGUGAGGCAGGGGGUAAGAGGCUGGCCUACAAGACUGAGAUCAUCGGGGGAGUGGUGGUACACACACCCAUCUACCAGAAUGAGGGGGGAGAAAUGGAGGUCGGGGACAGGAGGGUCUCCUCUAUAGGCAGUAGACCAGGUGUACUGAGGUGUGGCUAUUGUGUCAAACAGGGUAACGUGAGGAAAAGCUGGAAGAGACGUUUCUUCACACUGGACCACAACGCUGUCAGUUACUACAAGUGUGAGAUGGAUAAGGAGCCCCUGAGAACUGUUUCUCUGAGAGACAUUCAGAAGGUCCAUGAGUGUCUGGUGAAAUCUGGGGACCUGCUGAUGAGAGAUAACCUGUUUGAAAUCAUCACCAGCUCCAGGGUCUUCUACGUCCAGACAGACACUCCAGAGGACAUGCAGGGCUGGAUCAGAGACAUUGAGUUGAAGAUACAGGAUUUCAGAGGCCCUGCCAAGGGUUCUGCAUUUACGUUUGCCUCCUCACUGUAUCGCCAUGGUAACUCCUCCCACCCACCCUCUGUGUUCCGUGGUCGCCAGGGAGAUGACAGGAGACCCCCACUAGUGAAGUCGUGUUCCGUGGCCCCGGGGUGGCAGCCCUGGACCCCCGUACCCCAAAGAGAGGCUCCCGCUCUGGGCACACUGGACAAGGACAGUCACUUUAGCAAUCUGCCCUCCAGUCUUUCCUCUCGCUCCACCUCUUCCUCCACCUCCUCAUCUUCAUCCUCCCCCUCCACUCCCACUCUCAUCCCACAGGGGGUCCCAGCUCCAGCCCUAGCCAGUGGUGUGGGGGUCCCAGCCUGCCCUGGCCCCAUAGCUCCAGACCCCUCCAGCAGCCGGAGGAGACACCGCUCUCAGCCUCAGCCCCCCAAAGACCGCAACUUCCCUUUCAGCCUGGACGAUGAUGGCAUCCGCACCACCGACGUCUAGAACCAACCACUUCUAGAAUCAACAAAUCUCUGGAUCCAACAAUAUAUAGAACCACCAUCUAGAACCAAUGUGUAGACAGACAAACAAUGACACUUGUUUGAGUGCUUUCUACCGUUGAAAGACUGAACCUCCCUCCACCACCCCCUUCUCCUCUGCUCUAAGAGUUUCACAGGCCUGCUGCUGAAGCUACGUCUGCUGUGGGUCUGUUUGCUGAGGUAGCCCUGGUGGGGGAGGGUAGUGAUGUAAACUGGGGUUCCUGGAUGCGUUCUCUCACUGAGGGGUGUGUCAGUAGUGGCUGUGGGCUUUUGGUAUAGAGGUUGACUCGGAGAGAGCAGUCUUGGGCAGACUGGGAGGGGUUAUCAGUAUUAGAGUGUCUGGUGGAAUGUGAAGGAUAUGUUAUUUUAUUGUACGAUUUCCUCUUUAAACUUGAAUGUAGUCCACCCAGGUACUGAGAUGAAGGAAGGUGGAUGCUGUGGUGGAGCCUGGUCUGUCUACCGAACACCCUCCACUAGUCUAAAUCAGCUGGUCUUUUGCUUGUAUUAACCAAGGCUACGUCCCAAUUGGCACCCACUAUGGGUCCUGGUCAAAAGUAGUACACUAUAUAAUGAAUAUGGUGCCACUGCCAAUUGGGACCAAACCCAACAUGUUAGUGUCUGUGGCUCUGCCUGUAGACAGUCCUGUUCCCUUGUUAGACUGCAUCCAAUUGUCAAAUCGCUACAUCAGCAGCACAUUUUGUAUAUACACUUUUAGCGUAUUUCUGCACGUUGUUCCACAAGCCUGGAUUCUCUUGUUCAAAUGCAAAUGAUCUACUAUGGUAUUGUGUCAUGUCACAUGUUGUGUUUUGCCUGCCUGCACCUCACUGACCCAGGUCCAGGUGUGCUUUUCCCUUCUCUUUAAACUUAACCUGUCAUGUUUCUGAUUCUUUACAUAGACUCCUGUUAUAAAUCACAAACGUGUGUGUGUGUCAGACAUCGGUUCAAAUACUAUUUAAGUUUAUCAUGGUUGACUGGCUGGUCAAACAUGUUAGAGACAGGAUAAUGUUUGUUUUUAAGUUAAGGCAUCUUUGAUUUCUGUAUAUGCUCUUUUAGCAUUUUGCAGUACUGUAAUUCCGGAAAGAGAAAGGUUAAAUGCUAAUGUCUGCUAUUUCUAAUGCAAUUUCAUGUAUUUUGCUCUUCUGGUUACUGUUUUCUCUGAUUAAUUCCUGUGGUACAGUAUUUCAGAUGUAAUGGACUGCCUUCUACCUCGUACCUGGUGUCCACUCACCUACCUGAUCAUAAUGGUGUUGUUGUUUUUUUUACUUAUAAGCAAGUGCAUUAAAUAAUAAGACAAAAGCUUUUUA